GUUUUAUAGGUUAAGAAAAAGUUAUACAAAUUAGUGUUUCAAGUGAUUUAAUACUUCAGAGGAAUAUAUUAGUAAAAAUGUCGACGUUGUAUGAUCAGAUAAAGCUUCUUUACGAACAAUCUUUGUAUUCGAAUGUUAUAUCAUUAGCAAAUUUAGUGUUGUCACUCAGUGAGCACAAUUCAGAUUUAUUGCCUAUACAUGGGAAGUUCCAUAUUUAUGUUUAUUAUGCAGAUGCUCACUUUUACUUGGGAAAAUAUAAACAGGCUGAAGCCCUUUAUAAGAAAGCGUUGCAAUUUCAUAAGUGUUUAGUGAAAUCUAAAGGUGGCACAAAGCCUUUAGAAGGACAGAAAGAUCUUCCAACAGAUGUUGAUAUAAAAUUCCAAAUACACUUGUGUUUAAUAAAAUUGAAAAAUUCACUAGAAGCACUUCAAGUAUUGCAAAGUAUUCCUGGAAAACAAAGAACCCCAAAAGUAAAUAUGGCUUUAGCAAAAAUGUGCCAAGAACAAGGAAUGAAACGAACUGCUAUUACAACUUAUAAGGAAGUUUUAAGAGAAUGCCCGUUAGCCUUGGAGGCCGCGGAAGGUCUACUUUCUCUUGGAGUAAAGGGAAUUGAAGUAAAUUCAUUAAUUGUAGGCUAUGCAUCCACUUUAUCAAAUUUAGAUUGGUUGAAUACUUGGAUCAAAGCUCAUGCACAUAUACAUAAUAGAGAAUAUACUCAUGCAGUAUCAACAUUAAGAUCUUUGGACAAUGUUAACCUACUAAGAGACAAUUUUAAUUUAUUAACAACAAUGGGAGAAUGUUACUAUUAUGCUGGAGACGACAAAAAUGCUUUGCUAUGCUUACGAAGAGCUAGGAUUAUAGAACCAGAUGUUAUGAAAGGAGUUGAUAUUUAUGCAGCAGUAUUAUAUAAAAAUCAUCAUAUUAAGGAACUCGAAAGACUGAUACCUAUAAUAACGGCAAGUAAUGAAUGCACCGGAGAAAUAUAUGUUGCUAUGGCAUACUCUCUUUAUGCUGCUAGGAAAUUUAGUCGAGUAAAUACUUUGACUGCACAAGCUUUGAAUUUAAAUCCAAAUGAUAUAGAAGCGACAAUACUUCGAGGGAACAUACUUAUUGAACAGAAAAAAUAUCAAGAAGCAUUGUUUUUCUUCAGACAUGCCGUAGAAUUAAAACCAUACCGUUAUGAACCUCACAAGGGUUUGGUAGAUUGUCUCGUAGGAAUGCACAGAUUACGGGAAGCUCUCAACAUUGCGAGUGGAUCUUGUAAACAACUUGGACAUACUGCAAGAGUUCUUACGCUAUAUGCAUCGGUACUCAUGAAGGACCCAGUCUCAGUUGGUAAAGCAAAAAAUCUCUUAGAAAAAGCACUGCUGCAGGACGAAGUAUAUCUGCCCGCGGUUUAUUUAUUAGCGGAAAUAUAUGAACAGGAAAUGAAUUUGGAAGCUGCAAUCGCAUUACUCGAAAGACAAGUGGAAAUUCAAUCGACGUGUAAAUUACAUCAGAUGCUCGGAGACCUAUGGGCCAGAGUACACAACGAGGAGAAAGCUUUGGAUCACUAUGCUCUUGCAUUAAACCUAGAUCCAAGCAAUAGAAGAGCAGUGGAAGGUAUGCAUAGACUUGAUAAUUCUUCAAAUAAGUUGGAUUCAGCGUAUUAUAUGACCGUGGGAGAGGCAUUAACAUGCACAACCUACGAUGUGGGAGAUGGUUUGCCGGAUACGGAUAAUGACGAAGCACCUGACGAAAGUGAAACGGAAGCUGUGUGGUCUGACAUGGAUCUUGAAGCAAAUAGUCAAUAA